AUGGCCAACGGGAAGCUGCAUUUUAUUGGAACAUUGAAUUCUAAUGAUCUGGUGGAAGAUUCAAACCACUUCAAGUUAAAGGAUGUGACCAGUAAUGAGAGGUUUGCACUGUACUAUGCUGAUGAUAUGAUAAAGCCCAACGUCCAGCCUUAUAUACCGGUAGCACAGGGAGAAGACAGUUUACAUAUGUUCCGCUUAAAUAGCAUUGGGAGCCCUCAGGCUAGACCAGGCAUUAUGACAGAAGCAGAGAUCCAUAGACUGACCUUCAGGAAGAGGAGUUGGAUUCAACCAGCAAGCCCCUCUGAAAAAGACCCAGUAGGUUGUGAACAACAUGAGGCUCCAGUAAAGAAGUUCAGCUUUGGGCAGCAUGCAUUUCCUACUAACAACUGUCAUCCAGCAUCUGGAGAAGAAGAAAAGAGGAUUGAUAUUGUGGACAAGCAGCAGAGGACUGGACAGAUAGAGCCAUUUUGGAGUUGUCGAUCGGGAUUGACAGCAAAAGAUAGCAGUGAGUCUGUUUUUGAAGACAUCUCAAAAGAGGCCAGAGCUGACCAAGCUGUGAUCAUACAAGUGCAGCAUAGUAAUCAUAUGUCUAAUGUAGAGAAACCAACAUCUAAGUCUGAGGACCUGGAGAGCAGCCAUUACUGGCAAAAUAGCAGAAACUCUGAAUUGUCACUUCCAGUGGAAAGCUGUGUACAUGCUGAAAUAUGUGGAAGUGUCUCUGUCCUCGAAUGUGUGCAAGACACACCUGUUAGGUCAGGUGAAAUACUGGACUCAGUGGAGGAAAAAGAAGACUGUGGCUCUGAAAGAAGAGAGAUUACCAAGAGCAGAACAAAUUCUCCCCAGCCAGUUGAGAAUACAUUUCUGAUGCUUGUUGGAGAGAGAGAUGGAAAGGUGGAAUCCUCAGGACCCCCCACCAGUGAUGGAGUGCAGCACAGCAUCCAGCCCCACUCUCAGGCUGGUGAGAUGAAAUUAUUUCCAAAGCAUAAAUGUGAACCCCCUGGACCCUCACAGGAAGCUCCUAAGAUCAUUUCAUCACAUGAGUUGCGCAAAAAGACACUCAGAGCCCUCAGGUUCCCCUCGCAGCUCUUCCACAAGGCAAAAGUAAAGGGCUCAAUAAAACUCCUAAAACCAAAACUUCUACAGCCCAACAUCAAGAUGCAGAGACAUCCUCUCCGACCACAGAAAGAAUUAAAGAGUCAAGGAUGCAAUAAACCAAAUCACUCCAAAUCCCCAAAGCUCUCUGAUCCAAGUCUGUCAGGAUCCAAACGAAGCAAUGAAAUGCCUUCAGAAACAGACAGAAAAGAAGAUGGAACCACAGCAAGCACUAAAGGGGCCUUUAGUUUGACCUCUGAUCCCAGGGUGUGUGACACAGGCCGUCUCUCACAAGAGGAGAGAGAGUGUUUGUUAGAGGAGGCAGGAAAAGUCAAAGCAUUUGUUGUUACCAUGGUAUACCAAGAUGGCACCAUACAAUUGGACCCAGAACAGAAGCUGAGCCCUUCAGUGUGUGGCCUUCUGGUUCUGCUAAAGAGGGAAUUGGAUUCAGAGGGACCACAGGACAGACCACCAGAGAGGGUGCUGUACCUCAGACUAGAGCAGGCACCAGCUUGGGCCCAACAAGACUAUACACAAAAGCAGGAUGUCUUUACCAGAGAGAUGCUCAUGCAGAUGAUGUGUGACGCAAAGCCAUUUGUAUGCUUUAAAGCUAAAGACCUGCUUCGCACAGCACUGAAACACUUCAGCAAAGACUUGAGCUGGAAACAAGUGUUGGGGUGUCAUGUGAUGGAUCCUCAGAUUUCAGCAUGGUUGUUAGAUCCUGCCAAUUCUGCAUCCUGCUUCCAGACCCUGCUUUGCAAGCACUACUCGCAUUCAGUUACGUCCACAUCACUGCAACCUGUGCUUGGGCAAGCCAAGGUGACUCAAGUGAUCUCAAACUUGUCUCUCUUAUACAAUCUAAUGGUGGAACUGCAUAACAAGCUUCAGACUCAGGGGCUGUGGCAGCUCUAUUCUGGCAUAGAACAAAAGAUGAUUCCAAUUCUGGCAGUUAUGGAAAGCUAUAAAAUGCAUGUGGACAAGGAGGCCAUGAAAAAUACUUCAGAGUUGCUAGGGUCUAAGCUGAAGCAGUUAGAGCAGGAGGCUCACCAGGCUGCAGGUCAGAAGUUCUUGGUGUCCAGCAGUGCACAGCUCAGACUGAUCCUAUUCGAGAAGCUGCGUUUACAUGAACUUUGUGAGAAUAAAAAGCUUCCCAAAACAAUAAAAAAACAGCAGUCCACAUCAGAAACAGCACUAUUACAACUACAGAAGCUGCAUCCACUGCCAAAAAUCAUACUUGAAUACAGACAGAUUCACAAAAACAAGACUGCAUUUGUGGAUGGCAUUUUGUCUUGCAUGAGCAAGACGUUCGUUUCUUCCACAUGGAAUCAGACAAAUACAGUGAGCGGCAGACUGUCUGCUAAACAUCCUAAUUUUCAAGCUCUUCCGAAGCAGCCACUGCAGAUUUCUAAGGAACAGUACAUCCAAGGAAAGAUCUCUGACGUAGUGACUGUCCACCCACGUGCCAUGUUCAUUCCACGAGAGGGUUGGACUUUCCUCUCUGCAGAUUUCUGUCAGGUGGAGCUGCGUCUCUUGGCUCACCUAUCAGCUGACCCACAGCUGCUGAGAAUCUUUCAGAACACUGAAGCAGACGCCUUCACCAUGCUGGCAGCUCAGUGGAAGAGAGCGGUUGUCUUGUAUUCUGGGUGUGAGUACAGAGGAGGCCAGUCGUUUUCAGGACACUUUCCUACAGACGUACAGAGAGGUGCCGGCCUUCAUCCAGCACACCAUCCAGAACUGCCACAUACACGGUGCUCAGCUGCAGACCUAGCCAAAAUGGCAAUGAUCAAAAUCUGCUCUCAAGUGGCUUCUGCCUCUUAUACUGCCAGGCUGGUGGCUCAAAUCCAUGAUGAGCUGCUGUUUGAAGUGGAGUUCUCACAAUUGGAGCAGUUUGCUGUGUUGGUGAAGAAGACCAUGGAAUCUCUUCAGCACAUUGAAAAUUUGGGAGUGAAUCUCUCUGUGCCCCUCAAAGUCUCAUUGUCCACAGGACCAUCAUGGGGUUCAUUGUGCGACUUGAACCUCCCCUGCACCACUACAGCUACUUCUCUCUGAGUCUCCCGCUCUUCCUCUCCAUCCCGUAACUAUGGUAACCGGGCAGCUGCAGUUCCCAAUUCUUGUUUCUCACUGAUGUAUCUGAGAGCAAUGGUAGGAGCAAGCUGGAUCGAACCAGUUCUUUUGGGGGGUGGGGGGCUUCUCUUGAUUCAUUUUUAUCCUUUUACUGUUGGAUUCGGUUCUUCUCACCGUUAGAAGCUAGUAUCUCUUUGCACGAAAAUAGAAGUAGCUAUUAAAUCAGUUUUUUUGGUUCAUUUACACUGUUUGUACAUCUUAUGUUGACAUGCUCUUCAAUACAUCUUUCAACAAAUAAUAAAU